UGUGGCUGUACGUUGACAACAUGGCAAAAACAACGCUCAACUGUUAAUCGCCCACUCUAUCUAGCUAGCGAUACAUGUCUUUCUGCAGCGUUGCGCCACACAACAAGGCAGAAUCAGCUAGCUACAAUGCUAGGAAAAAGAGAUUCAUAAAGGACGGAUAUCUGUAAUUUUAUCACCAUGGAGUCCUACGAUAUAAUAGCAAAUCAGCCUGUGGUUAUUGAUAAUGGCUCCGGUGUUGUUAAAGCUGGUUUUGCAGGAGACCAGAUCCCCAAAUACUGCUUCCCAAACUAUGUGGGUCGUCCAAAGCAUGUUCGGGUGAUGGCAGGUGCUCUGGAAGGAGAUCUCUUCAUUGGCCCAAAAGCGGAGGAACACAGGGGGCUACUUUCUGUGCGGUACCCUAUGGAGCAUGGUAUUGUGAAGGACUGGAAUGAUAUGGAGCGCAUCUGGCAAUAUGUGUACUCUAAGGAGCAACUACAGACCUUCUCUGAAGAGCAUCCUGUGCUGCUAACAGAGGCCCCCUUGAACCCAAGUAAAAACCGGGAGCGUGCAGCAGAGGUGUUCUUUGAGACCUUCAAUGUACCAGCGCUCUUCAUCUCCAUGCAGGCAGUAUUAAGCUUAUAUGCCACAGGCCGGACAACAGGAGUGGUGCUGGAUGCUGGUGAUGGGGUCACCCAUGCUGUGCCCAUCUAUGAAGGCUUUGCCAUCCCUCACUCUAUCAUGCGGGUGGACAUUGCUGGGCGUGAUGUCUCACGCUACCUACGCCUGCUCCUGCGCAAGGAAGGCUAUGACUUCCACACUUCAGCUGAGUUUGAGGUCGUGCGCACUAUCAAAGAGAGAGCAUGUUACCUAUCUCUGAACCCACAAAAAGAUGAGACCUUGGAGACAGAGAAGGCGCAGUACACUCUUCCUGAUGGCAGCACAUUGGAUAUUGGCCCUGCUCGGUUCCGAGCCCCAGAGCUCCUCUUCCGUCCAGACCUGAUAGGGGACGAGAGUGAAGGAAUUCACGAGGUUCUGGCUUUUGCUAUCCAGAAGUCCGACAUGGACCUGCGACGUACACUCUUUUCCAACAUUGUCCUCUCUGGGGGCUCCACACUCCUCAAAGGUUUUGGUGACCGGUUGUUAAGUGAAGUGAAAAAGUUGGCACCUAAAGAUGUGAAAAUAAAGAUCUCUGCACCUCAAGAACGACUCUACUCCACGUGGAUAGGGGGCUCCAUCCUUGCGUCACUGGACACCUUCAAGAAGAUGUGGGUUUCAAAGAAGGAGUAUGAGGAAGACCGAGCACGUGCCAUCCAUCGGAAGACCUUCUGAAGAGGCUGGCGUUGCUCCUAUUCUGCCAAAAAAAAAAAACUGUCUCAAGUCCACCAACUACUCCACUACACCCCCUUCCCCAUUACCCCUAUGAUGUGGAGAGCCCAUGGCAUGCCUUCUACUGACUCCCCUACACAUGCCAUAUGACGGGGAAACUGGCCAGGACUGGCAAAGUGUUGGCCAGCAUUUACCAGACAGACCAGAACCUGUCCCAAUGACAAGGCUUUAAGUUGCAUCUCUUGAUAUUGGGGAUUAUUAUUAUUUUUUGCAUCAAGCUGCAUUGCUUGAUGCAAAUUCUGUAUUUAUUCUAGUGUGUGUUAUGCCCCAUAUGAAAUGGAUCAUAAAAUCCAUCACUUAAAUUACAAUGAAGGUGAACAUUCUGCUUUACGUUGAUAGAUUCAAUUAAGACUUUUGUUUUUACCUUUUGGGCAUAGUUACUGUGGCACAUUAAACGGAGUGUGCAAAGAUACCUUAAGAGCUUGUUAGUAUAAAGUUAUUGUUUCCUUAUUUCCCACAGUCUUAAAAUAUGACCCAGUGUACUGUAACUUACACCUCUCGACUCCAUUUGGGUACAUUGAAGUGUUGCUUCAUAUUCAGCUGUUGAAAGAUGAAAGACACAGAUGGAUAAAUAAAUAAAUAAAAAGUGCAGAUGUUGCAAUUUCUGACCAGAACUUUCCCUUAUUUCAAACCCAAGUGGAUGUAAAUUGUAUUGAAAAUAUUUGAUGAUCAGUUUAUCACAUUUAACUCAACAUUGUAAGGGGACUAACAUUAAGUCUUGAGUGGACCAUAUGGUUAAAAGCACUUUCAGUGUCAGAUUGAUGGAGAAUAUUCUGACUGAAUUUGUAUCCAAACUGGUAUGGUUUGCUUCAUCUAAUUAAUUUAACUGCACCGAAAGGAAUACUGUUUCUGCAGGAUAUUUGCAAUCUAAACUGAAUUGAUUACUGACUUCAUUUUAGAUCAAAAUAUGUAUUGUUUUAGUUUCAAGAGGAACCCUGUGACCAUAUCCUGCUGGUAUAAUGACUCCUAUAGGCAAAUACUAACACCAAAAUUAACAGUAUUGCAAAAAAAAAAAAAAAAAAAGCCUUUCAUUACAAUACAGUUGUUGACUCUGCUGGGAUGUGGUAAUUUUUGUUAUGCUGAAUACAUUAGCAACGCUGAUGUAACUUAAGAUUUUGAAUAAAAUUGCAAAAUAAUAUAAAUGUG